AUGAGACUUCUUUCAAGAAGGUUCGUCGUCUCAAGGAUAAGCAACACUGCAGCCAUCAACCCUUUUGGACGAAGCCAGAGCGUAUCCUUAACUAUCAUCAGGAAAAAAGAUGUUCAACUACUUCGCAUCGCCUUCUACACGGGUAAAGAGCACCCCCUGACCCAAAUCUAUUCUUUUCAGUCUUCCCUCGGAUGCAAAGGUUUCAGUGAUGAAGCCAUGUGCAUCCUUUUCCCAUCCACCCUCAAUGACGCCUCUUUGAACUGGUUUUACCGGUUGAACCCUCGCAUUAUCGACUCAUUAGACCACCUAAAGCAGACUUUUUUCAACCAUUUCAUGAAUCAGACUGAUCGUUUGUACUCUGCGGACGACCUAUAUAUGCUUCAAUAG